AUGGCGCCCGCUGCUAAAAGUGCAACGCCCCAUCGCCAACUAAUCACUUAUGGGAAAUCCUCGGUGGGUCCUAAGUACGAUAUAGGACCCAAAUCGUCGCCUGCUCUGACUCGAACACAAGUCCCAGACCUCUCGCCAGAAGAACCUCCAAAUCAGGUUUCAACGGCUCAGAUCACAGUAGGGGGAGUCAGGAAAACAACUAAGGACGGAAAAGGUCAUCGAGGUGCUGGCACGCUUCAAACACCCCGGCUUCCGAAACCGUCCAGGUCGAGUUUGCUACACCAUCGAACACCAAACUAUCGGGGUAGAAAACAAUGGGUUUACGAUAUUUCGUCGUCGGGCGAUGAGCAACUGCAUGGGGAUAAUGAGCCCUGGCGAAAACGUAGAAAGAUAGAAAGUCCGAAGGCUGAAUGGGCUUCGAACGGAUUCGAAGAGGCUGCUAUGCCGAACCCAAAAAGCUCGACGAAGCGCGAUAUCCGACAUGACAGCUCAGAUUCCGACACAAUCUCAUUUAAGAAAUCGUCUGUUCCGCCCGGGGAAUCUAACCAAAUCGAAGUUGUUAUUCUGACACCAAAGAAGCCGACAGGGCGGCACCAUGGAAACUCCUCCAAAGAGGGAACUAUGGAGUGUGCCAAUGCACUUGAUGCCAACCUGCCCCGUCGCGCUAAAGAUUCAACGACCCCAAAUCCUCAAACACACCGCAGUUCGCGAAAAACCUCUGAUUGUCUGUCGCGGCAACAGACUCAGCGGCCUUUGAAGCCUCUUACGACGAAGCUCCUAAGAGCAGGAAAAUCAGAACAAGCUUCUACACGGAAAACAUUUCCGUUGAAUUCAAGGUACAAACCAGCGGCUUCUCAUCCGGUUGCUGCUGAAGUCGGGGGCAAUAAAACGGAGUGCAAUGUAAUUAUGAGUACUACACCGUCGCGGAGAAGGAUCGUAGAUGCGUUGGGUACCACCGCCCGUGGCAGGUCAGAGUCUUCAACAAUUGAAUCCAUAAGUGCUGCCUCCCGUGCCUCAUCCGAGAUAUCUACUGGAUUAUCUGAGGAUUCUACGUCAUCUAUAUCUCAACUUCCGAACGUGUCUCACAGGAUGCAAAUUGAUUCCCAAGCCGAUUCUCCCGAUCAGAUACAGCAGUCCCAGUCCCAGGGAACAACCGGCCCCAAAGCUACCUAUGCUCGACAGAGGUCAUUCCUUUCUGCUAAGAGCAUAACUGAGGAUCUGAUUUUGGACAAUCUGUUCCAGCCUUCUGUUGCUCAGCAGUAUGGGGCCGGCCACGGGACCGGACCUGGCGUUUCGAACCAUGUGGCCUCAAAAUCUACCUGUCCCCUUGCGACCCGAAUGAUUGGAGACGACGAUGAGGGCAACUCCAAUAGGGUAGUCCGAAACAUCUACGAACUACGUCGUGCAGGCGAAAAUGCUAGGUUUGAAGGGAUCGUGGACGCAAUUUUCGAAGACAUUGAAGACCCUAAUUCCUCGGCUUCACGGCGUUACAGUGGACUAAUCCAGCUCUGUACAAAGCUGAUGGAUAACCAAUUCACGCGGCGAUUCUUGGCACAUGUUUUGGAGAAACGGCUUGCAAAACAGGCUGGCCACUUGGACGACGCAAUUUACACGUACCUAAUUGCUUUCUGA